AUCCCGACGACAUAACUCGGUUUUUUUACUAAUUGCUCACCCUCUUAUCAAUAAAAAUACCAUCGGCAAUUCUCGAAAAAACGGAGUCUCAAACUUUGAACCGUUCCAAAUUUCCAAAGAGAAAAACAAUAAAAACCCAAUUAGCCCCACACCGCAACUUUUCACAAGCCAAUUACCACUCCACAAAAUUUUAAAAAAAAAACUCGAAACGCCCAAAACACAAUUGGUAUCUUAUUGAUCCCUAUUUUCUUCUUCUUCUUUGACCAUUACCAGAAUGAUGGCCGCGCUCGGCUCCGAUCAGCUGAAGCAGCUGAAAGACAUAUUCAUGCGCUUCGACAUGGACUCCGACGGUAGCCUCACCCAGCUCGAGCUCGCCGCCCUGCUCCGGUCUCUGGGCGUCAAGCCCGCCGGCGACCAGCUCCACGUCCUCCUCGCCAACAUGGACGCCAACGGAAACGGUACCGUCGAGUUCGACGAGCUCGUCACCGCUAUCUUGCCCGACAUGAACGCGGAGAUACUCAUCAACCAGGAGCAGCUCAUGGAGGUCUUCCGGUCGUUCGAUCGCGACGGAAACGGCUACAUCACCGCCGCCGAGCUCGCCGGAUCCAUGGCCAAAAUGGGUCACCCGUUGACGUACAGAGAGCUUUCCGAUAUGAUGCAAGAGGCCGACACGAACGGCGAUGGCGUGAUUAGCUUCAACGAAUUCGCGACGAUCAUGUCUCGGUCUGCUGCCGAUUUUCUUGGGGUCUGAUCAGGUGUGGCGCUGGGUUGAGGGGCUUGUCUUGAUAAAAUAGGAUGGAUUUAUUGAAGGAGAAGGAGAAGGAGGAUCUGCACAGAAAAGGGGAUAAUAUAUAUACUGAUGAAUUUUAAUAUUGAGACCUGCCCCUCAAUCCCUUUAGUGAAUUAAGAUCAGAAUUACUAAUUAAUUAAUCAAAACCCCAUCUUGUAAAUUUUUGUAUAAAUAAUAAUUUAUGUUAUUAAUAGUUCAUGUUUAGGUCCAUUUCAAUUUCAUACCCUUUGGGUUGUAAUUUGCAUAUGAAUUCUCUCUCAGGUUAUGUUAUGAACUUAUGAUUUGGUC